AUGGGCGCCUUGCCGGUGCGGCACGAUGCUGCAUGGGUGUGCCCUGCCUGUGCCCGGGACGUGCGCCUUCCUGAUGUUCCCGUGCCCGCGCAGGCCGGGGAGUUGUGUGGUGGCUGUGGAAAUCAGCUGCGCUGGGAGUACGACAUGGCCACUGCACGGGGACGCUUCCACUUCAGCUCCGGGUGUGCCAGACCCACAGAGGCGCGCGCCGCACGUGGUCCCACCAUGCAGCCUGCGGCGCCCCCUUCGGGUCCCGCGGCCCCGCGCCCAGCGGUUGGCUACUGGCUGUCACGAGGGCCCCCCGCAGGCGAGAUCCGGGAGAGGACUAACUCUUGGCUGUACGUGCCGCUGUUGCAGGCAGCAGCAGGGGACCUGUUAUUUGCCUGUGGUGGAGGCCUGGAGGGCAGACCCGCGGACCAGCGGUUGGUGGUUGCCGAGACCGCCCGGGGCACGGCUGCAGCAGGACUGCUGCCUCCCGGCCCCAGCAUGGUGCCGAGCCUGGAGGCCGUGCUGUCGCUGGCUGACUGCGCUGGGCCCGGCCUGCCGCCGCUGCGGCCGUAG